AUGGCAUCAUUACCUAAAUAAUUAAAAGAUCUCUUAAAAUAGAUUGACUUAUUUAGUAUACCAGUUCCUGUGCUAACAAAUGAUUCAAAAUAAUAAUAUUCAAGUUUUUACAGUGGACUUAUCUCAAUCUUAGUUUCACUUCUUAGUUUAGCCUAUUUUGCAUAUGUUAUUUAAGAAUGGGCUAAUGGUAAUAUACUUCCUACAAUUACAAGUAAUUAAUAAGCAAUGGCUUAUACAGAAUAAGAAAUGGAAGAUAACUUUAUUUAAUUCAAAUUAUCAGAUCCAUCUAAUCAUGAUCCUUUUAAAAGAUUAAAUAACAUAAUAACUCCUUUAUUAUUUAUUGUUGAAAAUUUUAAAAUUGUUAGUGCACCAUUACCUUUAUUUAGUGAUGAAAAUAAACCAUUUACAGUAGGAUUAAAAAAAGGGACAUUAGUUGUUAAUAAUUUAAAUACUUAAAAGUCUGAUGAAUCACUAAAACCAAUAAAAAAUUAUUUAUUGAUAUUUAUUUAAUGCUCAGAAUAAUAUUUAGAUCAAAAUAGUAAUUGUGCGAGUUAAUAAGAAAUAGAUUAGUAUAUGGAAGGGUAUCAUGGAUUUUUGUCAAUAAUUAUGAAGUUGGAACAAUAUAGCUUUAAGAAAGAUUAAAUUGAAUACAUAACAAAGUAAUCUUAUUAAGCUUUUUCUCCCACUUAUAUUUAAUAUACAUAAAUAGCAAUUUAAUAAAAGGAAAUAAAUCUUGAUAAUGGACUUCUAUUUUAAAAUGAGGUUACUUAUAAAUUAAUCAACGAUUUCUACUUAAUUAAUUAAUCUAUUGAUAAUUUGUAUAUAUAAAAUAUUGCUUCAUCAUUUUCUUCAUAGAAAUUUGAGUUAAAUGCUAUUUUUGCAUAUUAGAUAAGCAUUGAUAGUUUACAAAUUUCAGAAAGAAUUAUUAUGCCAAAAUUAAGUGCAGUUUUGGCAUAUAUAGGAUCAAUUGUUUAAGUUAUAUUUUUAUUGAAGUAUUUAGCAUUUUUUAUAAAUAAUCGACAAUUUAAAGAAGAGAUGGUAACUGAAAUUCUUCAUAUGUACUACCCAAAUUUAAAAAAUAUAAUAAUUAAAAGAAACUUCUUUGGGAAGAUAAUAUCCACUAAUUAAAGUAAUGAAGGGAAUUAAAACGAAAAUUUUAUAAAAUAAUAUUAAGGACAUCUUGAUUUAGCUUUUAAAAAGCUAAGACUAAUAAAUAUUAUUUAUGAACUAUCUCGAAUAGAACUAUUAAUGGAAAAACAUUUUGGUUUUGAUAAUGUAAGUAUAUGUACUAAAUUGGGAACAGAGUUUUAAUUAAAUAAUUAUGAAAAAAAAAAUGAAUCUUUAAGAGCUUCAAUUUUAUCUGUAGGAAAUUAAGGACACUAAAAUAGUGAGGAUAUAUUUACAAUAUUUAAUAAAUCUUGA